UUCUCGGCUUUGUUAUCCAACACAUUUGGCUGUGACGCUUCCGGCAGGUGCGGCGCGAUUGGCGGCGCUGAUGCCGUGCUAGGGUUGCUCAAUCGGCGCCGAGCCGGGAUGCUCCACUCCGAUUGGGGCCUCAUUCGGCUGUGAUCGACCGACACCGAAAAGAGGGGCCAGGGUUUAGGCGCCGGCGCGUCGCUGCUGCUGGCGCAAGAUCUGGAUCGUCAUCUCCAAAGAUUUCCUCGCGAAUACCGGUAUGGUCGUCCUCGAUCCCAGGUAGGGGUUUCUAGCAGGGCAGGGCAGGGCAGUCGAUCGAUCGCUGAUCGCCUACUUGCGGCUAUGGCGGCAUUCCUGUGAGCCAAAUCGAGCGAUCCUCGGGGGAUAAUGUCCGCAGAUGGAAAUUCCGGGAGAGAUCGGCUUCUUUCUCGGAUGGGAUCCUCAGGGCUGGCUGUUUUGCUCGACAGCGGCAGCAAGGAAUCCCUGGUCACAGCUGCGGCGUGCAUGGUAGACGAGUGCACGCGCUCCACGCUCGAUCGAUCCAUCGCGUUCGUCCUAGAUUACUCCAGCGAGGGGGUCGAGCAGCAGCCUCGGUUCGUCGUCGACGAUAGCAAGAUAGAUUCCUCCAGCAUCCAGCUCCACCUCCAGUCCCGCCUCGCCGCAUUGGGUUCCAGUUCUAGCACCGAUGUCUCGGCCAGCUACAAGGAUGGUGUUUUCAUCGAAGGGAGUAGCGACCCUCUCUCGGGGGUCGUCAGGAUGGACAAAGGGAGACCCUCUGGAGAUAUCAAGCUUUCCAAGAGCUCCUUGUUGCUGGAGAGUCAGGCCAUCUUUAGCAGCGCUCGAGCAAACGCUUGCGUGUGGAGGGGGAAGUGGAUGUACGAGGUGACCUUGGGCACUGCGGGGAUCCAGCAGCUGGGAUGGGCGACCAUCUCUUGUCCCUUCACGGACUCCGAAGGCGUUGGAGACGCCAGUGACUCGUAUGCUUACGAUGGUCGACGAGUGAAAAAGUGGAGUGGGAAGAGCCAGACGUAUGGCGAGCCUUGGGUGGUCGGGGACGUGAUCGGCUGCUGCAUCGAUCUGGAACAGGGGCAGAUCUUCUUCUACCGGAAUGGGACGUCGCUGGGGAUGGCUUAUGACUGUGUGAGGAGGAUGGAGGCCAAGCAGGGGUACUAUCCGGCUAUCUCUCUCUCGCACGGAGAGCGCUGCGAGCUCAACUUUGGCGGUCGACCUUUUAGAUAUCCAAUCGCGGGGUUCUUGCCGCUGCAAGCACCGCCGGUGGACACUUCUGGCACCAACAAGCACGGCUCCGUGAUCGUCAAAGCCAAGUAUCUGUUUGGAUGCUUGCAAAAGCUUGUCCAGCUUGGGAGCCCAGAGGUGGCGGCGGCCAUGGCUCCCGCGGAAAGGCUGCGGAGGUUUACUCCACUUCCUGACGAGCAGUUUCGUGUUGUCGGCACUGAGAUCUGCAAGAUACUUUGCGAGCUGCUGCAGCAAAGCAGUAAAGCGGAGUACGUUGUCUGGGGAGCGCUGGUUCCUUUCCUCACGACAACUUACAGGCCUGGAGCACCGCACGACGGUCACAGUGUGGAUCGAGCUCUUGACUUACUGAUGCCGAUGCUGGGGCAGACUUACUUUGGUACGAUCGUUCUUCAGAUCAUCGAGUGCCUGGCGUAUGGGUGCCGGACUUCGCCCCUGGUGUUGGCCGACUCUCCGUUUAGCGCCUCGUACUCGCAUUUGGCACUGGCCUGUCAUCUACUUCAGCGUGACGACUUCAUGGUCAUCUGGUGGAAAUCUGACGACUUUGAGUCCUGCUUGGAGGGGCUGCUGACGAGAAAGGGGCCUAACAAGUGCGACUUGGAGAGCCUUAUACCCACCGUAUGGUGGCCGGGUUCCCGUGAAGAACAUCCUUUUUCGGAGAGCAACAUGAGGCAGAUCGUCAUUGCUUUAUCUCGUGCAAUAUCCAGGAUCGAGGACUUGCACUUCGAGCUGUGUAACCGGCUGGUUGCUUUUGACACGAAGUCGAAUGCUACCGGUUCUAUAUUCAGAACGUUUUUGCAACACCUUGUUCUGAAGAACCGUGGGGCACACAGAAACAUGCCACCGCCGGGUCUCUCCGACAACUCGGUCUUGGUUUCGGUGUACACUGUACUCUUGCGGUACCUUUCGGAGGGUCUCGACUCGACAGGGGAUGGCCAUGGAAGCUGCGUGCCGUUCCUGCACAAGGGAGGAAAGCGCAGCUUUCCGGUAUCUCUGUUUGUGAGCUCGGACCCCUGCUUGAACGAUUUCGCCCGCCUUGGUGGAACCUACAGCUAUCUUACGAAGACAUGUCCUCUCAGCUCAAUCGAAUGCGAAGAAGUUGAGUGGGAAGAAAGCAGUAUGGACAAGCAGGAAACUAGAUACGGACACGAUGCUGGGUUGAAAAAGCCAUGUUGCUGCAUGGACGGUGGUGCAGGUUCCAUCGACAGUGGUAACGGUAAGGCUCUAUCGAAAGGCUUGGAAACACGCUUCAGUGGCUCCAGUAACAAAGUCAACGAGACUACAUGUCCUUUGUCGCCAACUGACGCAGAGAGGAGCUAUGAUGGGGAUAUGGAAAGCAAGGCUAGCUCCAGUGGAAGGGUCGAGCCUGUUACCAGCACGUCCUCAUUGCUACAGAAGGCCAAGAAGGUGUUCAAGUCGGUAAAGGAGCUGUCAUCUGCGGUACGAGAGGAAGAGUUGCUGGAUAAGAUGGUGUUGCUCUAUCAUCUUGGAGUGACUCAGAAUUUCAAGCAGGCUUCUUAUCACAUGCAGCAUCAGAUACAACUGAUGGCUCAGCUCGAUGAGACGGAUCGUCAAAUCCGUAGCGAUAAGACCUCCUCUGAGCAGACAAAGCGCUUGAAAGAAGCGAGAGGUAUAUUCAAAGAGGAUCUUAUUGACUAUGUACGACAAUGUACCUGGUACCGCGUCUGCUUGCUUUCUAAAUGGAAGCAAAGGGGAAUGUAUGCGACUUGCAUGUGGGUAGCACAGCUCCUCGUUACGAUCAGCAAGAAAGAUGCUUGCUUCAGCUAUGUUCCAGAGUUUUACAUAGAGACACUGGUGGAUUGCUUUCACGCGCUGCGAAGGAGCGACCCGCUUUAUGUUCCUCCUUCAUCCCUCCUUCAACAUGGCUUGUCGUCGUUCGUUACGUUCCUCGUGACACAUUUUCACGACUCCCGAAUAGUGAAUGCGGAGAUAAGGGAUUUUCUCCUCCAGUCUAUUUCCGUUCUAGUACAGUUUAAGGAGUAUUUAGUAGCUAUCGAAGCUUGCAAGGCAGCAGAGAACACGAUGGCUGGCGCUCUUUUAUCGGCCUUCGACAACAGGUUUUGGAUUCCGGUGUCCAACAUCCUGUUGCGCCUUUGUAAAGGCUCGGGUUUUGGAACUUCCAAGUCCAGCCACGGUGACUCUUGUUCUCCGUUCUUUCAGCGGCUGUUGCGCGAGAAAUGCUUGAAGGACGAGAAGCUGUUCGCCUCUUUCCUGAACCGCCUCUUUAAUACAUUGAAUUGGACAGUCAGCGAGUUCUCCGUUUCUAUCAAGGAGAUGCACGACCAUGACCACCGGCAGGUUCCAGAAUUUCAACAAAGAAAAUGUGCAAUAAUGUUCGAGCUUUCGUGCAACCUGGAAAGAAUACUGGAGUUCUUUACGAAGGAGCUGCCACAAGUUUUCCUGGUUGGUCCGGAAAUGAACAUCAUCCGGCUUUGUGAGCUGGUUCUAUUUGUGCUCAACCACACCACCUCAAACACGGCAGGCGAGCUGUUCGACAGCACCAUAAAGCAGCAGGGUCAGUCGCUAGAGAAGGUCAACCGCGCCACCAUCCUCGCUCCCGUGGUGGGCAUCGUGUUGAAUCUCUCCGCCGCCACAGACCCUGCUGGCCACAGAAUGGAACACGAUAUCGCGCGGUCAAUCGCCAGCGUCGAUGUCUCCUCGGUCGCCACCAGGAACUUCCAGUAUUUAUUUGACUACGAUUGGUUGAGCACGUUCAAGGGGGAUCCUUCGCUCGCAAGGCUGUCGGACCUUAACAUAUUUAUUGAGAAGCUUAAGACGGAGUACGCGGAGGCCAGGAAGCGAGCGUGCAAGGCCGAGGCGGAGCUCAUCACCAGACACAGUAAAGGAGAUGAUUUCGAGCUUGGAAAUGCAGACAAAGCCGGGGGCGGAGGAGAGCUGUGCAGCAUUUGCUAUGCGUGCGAGGAGAACGCCGUGUUCCUUCCCUGCAAGCACAGGUCAUGCGUGCGCUGCGUCUCUCGUCACCUCCUAAACAACCAGCGCUGCUUCUUCUGCAACGCGGCCAUCUGCGAAGUCUGCCCAUACGAGGAGCCUUUGUCGCCUCUAAGCGGCGGCGGCCUCAAAGGUGGGGACGUGAAUUCCUAGCGAUCAAAUCGCUCGCUUCCUAUAGGUGCCAUUCUUGGAGAAACGCUGUAAAUUAUUCCUUUUGUCUCUCUGGUAGCAAAGCUCUGUAAAUUCCAGCCUUGGUUUGCUCA